AUAACUCCCUUCACCAUUGCAUCUCCUCCUUUGGGUUUUCUCUUCUCCUUAUCCGCCAUGGCUCCGCCUUAUCGAGACUCGUUUCCCUCCAAUCACGACGAUCUUCUUCGCUACUCUUCCUCCUCCGAUCGUCAUCUCUUCUUCCCUACCACCCCGCUCGACUCUUCUCCCUCCUCUCCGCUUUCUUUCCCGCUCUUUCCCGAUCUCCAUCGUUCCAACCCUGAUCAUCCUCACUCGUUAGGGUUCCAUCACCAGGAGGAUGAUCAAGUUCAUGAAAGCAAUCAAGAAGUGGAAACUGGCCUAAGCUUUACAAUUUGGAAGAGUGAAACUUCAAGCAAUGAUCAUAACCAUAACGAUUCGGUCAAGUGGUCGUCUUCUUCCUCUUCUUCGUCUUCCAAGAUCAGGUUGGUUAUAAAUUAUAACCAAACCGAGACACCCACCAAGACGAUCGAUGCCCACCGGAAUUUCCAAGAUCUCAACCCGAUGUCACCCUCACCGUCACCAUCCCCGUCUGAUCAGACCAACAAACGAAACACGUUAAACGACGGUGGUGGCGCAAUUAUCAGAACCUGUUCCGAUUGCAACACCACAAAAACUCCCCUUUGGAGAAGCGGCCCAAGAGGUCCCAAGUCAUUAUGUAACGCCUGCGGAAUCCGGCAGAGAAAAGCAAGACGAGCAAUGGCGGAAGCAGCGAACGGCGGAAACUCGACGGCGGUAGUUUUGAAAACAAACAAGGCGAUAAUAAAACCAGCGGCGACAAUGAAGAGAAAACACAAAGAAGUGGUCGCCGCCACCACCACCACCGCCGCCGCCGCCGCCGCUUCCGCCGCUGGGGGCGGAGGGAGAAGGAAGCUUUGUGUUGAAGAUGUGAAAAUGGGGAGGCGAUUGAGCGAGAUUUCUUCAACUUACCAACGAGUUUUCCCGCAGGAUGAAAGAGAAGCUGCCAUUUUGCUUAUGACUCUAUCUUAUGGGCUUCUUCAUGGUUGAAUUUUAUUUUUUAUUUUUAACUUAUUAUAUGUUUUUUUUCCCUAGUUAAUGCCCCU